AUGCGUCGAAGUGUUGGCUCGCAUAUUCGAACAAACCGACAAAAGCUGUCACUUUUACACAAUGCUUUGGAUGAUCAACGGAUUGCACCUUCGUUGAGGUAAUAAUAGUAAUGAAUUAUGAAUAAUUUUUUUUGUGCUUGUUACCUUUGAAAGAAAAAACCUCGUCAAAAAUUAUAGUAUUUUAAUGAGAAAAAAAUAUAUAUAAAACACGAUUUUUUUAUGUAGAAGAAAACACAAUUCUUCAUGAAAAACUACAAAAAAUAUAUGACACAUAAUAGAGAAAAUACAAUUUUUGCAGAUCAGACCAUGUGCGUACAAUCCUACAGAAUCGCCGACAAACAUUGUCAAAAGUACCCGAGUUCACUCUUAUCGUUGAUAGACCGCCAUCAAAUAGACAACAACAACAAGUGAGGUGUGUCGUUUUUUUCUAUCUAUCUUUUAUUGGUAAAAAGAGAUGUGUUCCCUCGUGGCUUCCGUAGUGCAGUAGGCAGCGCGUCAGUCUCAUAAUCUGAAGGUCGUGAGUUCGAGCCUCACCGGGAGCAUUUUUUUGUUUUUUUUUUGUUUUGGGCAAGUUUUUUUGGAAAUGAUAAAAUGAUGAAAAAGGGAAAGUUUCAUUAUAUAUUGUUUUUUUUGUUUAUUUUUUGAAGCCAUAGGCAACAAUCUGACAAUUGAAUAUUUUUCUAAUGUAAAAUUAUAACUACUUUUCGGAAGUAAUUUUAUAUGCUUUAUCACAAAUCAAAGUUCAAAUAGAAACAACAUUAUUUAUCCAAAUUUUGAGAAUUAUAAGCUUUUUAUGAAUCUAAAGCUUCAUAUUCAAAAUCCAAAUAGAAAAUAAAACAAAUAUUUUUUUGAACCUUGUUCAAACAGACAAUUUAAUUUGGUUCCAGAUAUUUCAACCAAAAAAAUGUUGUCAUGAAAAAUAUGAAUAAAUGUCAAUUUUUUCAAGACGACACAUUUUCUCUCAUCACUCAUUUUCGUGUCAAAAUUUUUUUCGACAAAUAAUAACCUUUUCGAACAUGUCCGAUACCAAUUAAAAUUCCACCGUCUCCCGCCCAAUUUUCGCAACAUUUUUUUCUGUUUUCGGACAAGAAAUCCGUGAGUGAGUGAGAAAUAGAAAAAAAUAUGAUGUCCUUUUUAACUCCUAUUUAAUCCUCACCUCGCUAUGCACACUUUUUUUGUUUUCAAGAAGAAGAAAAAAACGGAAAUGUUGAUGGGCGGAGUCGAUUUUCUGGAAAAACGAGAAAAUCUACGUUUAUUUUUUGUGUUAACUUUUUUGUCGUGAUUUCUUGAUUUUUUGUGUUUCUUGAAGAGAAUUGAAACAAGAAAAAAACGAAUAAUUUAGGGAAGCUUGCUAAAAAAAAGUCAUUUCAUUUCAAACAAACGACGCACAUUUUGUUUCAAAAAAGUGUUAUGCCCAAAAAUGGACACUCAAUCUGUGCCGGCUUUUUUAAUGCCAAGAUCGGUUAUAACUUUAACCGUUUCCGAUGCUGUUGAACCUUUAAGGUACGUUUUUUCUAGUUUAUUCAUUUUUCAGUUUUUUUAAUUCAAAUAUUAUAUGCACUUUAAUUUAUUAGAAUCAAAAAUCUGUUUAAAAAAAUUGACCAUGAUUCGCUGUUCUAUUUUUUUCCUGAAAAAAAUUGCAUAUGACGCGAGAAAAUCGUAAAUCCACCCACAACCUUUUUCAAGUAGCGAUAGGUUUUUUGUUUUUUUCAUACCUAAAUUCAACUUUUCGAUAAGAGCUCACAUACUAAACAAAUUGCUUAUUAUUGUUCAAUUUUUCAAAUUUUCAGUCUCUGUACUAUAAUGAAAAAUAUCCGAACUGAAUAUUGGGAACAAUGCUUUUUUUACUCUAUCAAAAAGAGCAUAACUUCUUCACUUAAAUUCAGAAAUAAAUUCUAGAGAAUAAGAAGUAUUUUUUCCUAUAAAAAACACUCUGAACUUAACCGAAGAGCAAUUUUGUUUUUUGUUCAGAUUCUAAUAAUCUAUGUUCUACUUUAUUGAUUAAUUUUUGAAUAAAUAAAAACUAUUCCAUCAAUUUUCACAAUUCCAUAGAGUUGUUGUGAGUUCUACUCAAGAUCAAUAUUUUGUAGAGCAAAUAAAAAAAUAUUCAAAUGACAAUUUACAACCGAAAUAUUUUAAUUUUCACUGUAUUAUUCUCUUCGAAAAUUUAAGUUGAGAUAUUGCGACCUUCUCUAAACUAUACUCCUUCUUAAAAUUUCAUGAAAAUUAUUUCGAACAGUUUCGACACAUGGCUAAAUAUUUAAAAUCCUAACAGUAUCAGCUUUGUUAAAUAAAAUUUAUAUUUUCACUAAUAAACAAGUUCUAAUAACCUUCUCUCAAUUUAGAAUUGAAAAUCUACAGUAAUUCUCAAACAAUUUUGGUGUACGUGCAUUUACAAAUUGAUUAUAUAUCAAAAAUAACUCUUUUUCUUUUGAGAUAAAGAUUUCAAUUGGAACAUAUACUUUUUUGUUUGGUUUUUUCUUGUUGGAUUAAUAUAAAUCUAAUCUGAUAAAAAAAAGAUGUGACCAUGAUUUUUCUCAUUGGACUUAACAGCAGAACGGGGAGGAAAAGCAAAAAACAAAUAUUAGAGAUUUGGGAAAUAUUGAGUGGUUUUGAUAACAUUUGGGGGAAUUUUUAAUGUUUUGCGUAGAAUUAGGUAAAUCACAAAGUUUUCGAUAUGCAUGUGACUGAAAUACACAGUAUCUUUCAAAAUAUUAUAUCUUAUUUUCUCAAAAAAUGAUUACUGCCCCUCAUUUUCUAUGUCUCAUUUUCAAAAUUUGAAUUUUUUUAUAAUUGAAAUUUUGAAAAUGAAAAAUUCGAAUAUAAUUCACAUCAACGUGAUAUUCUGGAUAUUAUUUGAAAUAAACAAAACUCAUCAAAUUUGAAUAACUGAAAAAAGGACACCCGGAAAUUAUUUGAUGACGAAAGCAAGCAUCUGAUAGUUUUUCAGUACAGUGAAGUACUUCCGAGGAAAUCAAAUACAAAAAGUUGAAAAACUGUGAAACAAAACUUGAAAAAAGUUUGAUAAUGUCAAAAUACUGAUGAACAGAAAAUAUUUUACUCAAGAGAGUUGAGUCACAUUCAACACCAAAUUUUUUCCAGGCGCCGUUCCUUUCCAAAAGAAGAAAGUCCCCGAAGCGGUCUCAAACCCCUUGACACCCACGGCCUUGAUUCUCGUCGAAAAUCUUCAACUGCAACUCUAGCUGAAAGACGUCGAGAGGAACAAAGGUUAGUUUUCCUGCAUUUUUUUCGAAUAUAGAAUAAGUCACAUCAAUGUUCAUAAUAAUUGAAAAUGACAACGUCAUCUAGCAAAAAAACAUACACACUCAAAAUUGCAUUAUAUUCUGAUGAUCUAGUCACUAUAAAUAGUAGGAAACACAAAAAAAAACACACAUAUUCCUCCCAUCAGGCCACCUCAUUUCCUCUAGUUUCCGGUGUGAAGUUUUUUUUCAUUUAAUUUGGAAUUAUUUUUUGUCAUCGUUGAAAAUUCAAAAUAUUUUCAGAAAAUAUAGCACUUUUGGUAUCGAGGCGCCGAUUUCGGUUGAAAUUGAAAUUGAGAAAAUUGAAAUUGUUGAUAAAGCGAAGGAAAAAGAGAAAGAAAAGGAUAAAAAUACAAUAAUCGAGGAAAAAGAAGAGAAAGAAAAGAAAGAAGAAAAGCAUCCUGAAAAUUGGACAAAAUCUUUUCGAACGAAAAUGCGGAAUCUGAAAAAAUCAAUCAGUCCUGUUGCUUCAUCACGCAGUGCGCAAGGAAUUUCUGGAACAUCGGAAGCAUCUUCAAGUGAACUUACUGUAAAUACUAUUGAUACAAAGGUACUGUACUUUUUCUAAAAAAAAAGGGUGUAGAUUAUCUUGUUUUUAUUUUCAUCCUAAAUCCUGUUGUUUCCCAGAUUUUCUAUAUUAAAAAAAAAAGAAAAUGUGACUUUUUGACUAAUAUCAGACAUUUCACACAAUUAAAAAGUAGUUGAAAAUAAUUAUCUGUGAAAAAAGUAUAUUUUUGAAUUGAGAAUAGUCGUAGGUUUGAAAACGGGAUUGAAAAACACUGAUAGAACUAACAUGUGGUCUAAAAAUGUUCAAUUUCAGAAAGUUUAGAAUGUAAAACUUGAUCCUAUUUACAAUGAUGUUUUUGAAAACCUAUUUUUAUUUUAAAACAAAACAUGUUCAGGUUGAACAUCGUGGGUCGUCCCAGAUGUUUUCAAAUUCUGUGACAAUAUGGCUCGAAUUUUUAACAAAAUUCAAUUUUUUUAGAUGAAAAAAUCAAUAUCGUUCUCGGAAUCAACAAGAAAUGUGAUCAAAAAAUCAUUCCGUGUAAAAGUGAGUUUUUUCUCCCAAACUUAUCCCUCUCCCUCCCUAGGGAUAAGAAAAGUUCUAAAAAUAUCCUUGCUGGCCAGACAGUUUUAGACAAGUUUUAUUUGUUUUCAUUUUGAUUUAUUUUCCAAAACCUCACGUAACACAACUUUUAUGUAGAACAGAAAAAAAACACAUGUUUUAUUUUGAUGUUGACCCGAAAUUACAUAUAACUACUUUAUUUUUGUUUUUUCGCAAAAAAUUGAACGAAAUGACAAAAAAAAAGAAAAAGACUGGUGAGGAGAUACAGCUGCUCGGAUAUAUGACACAUGAAUAAAAAUAUGUUUUUCAUUUUUUCCGCCUUUUUCAAAAACUCAAUAUUUUUUCCUAUGUGUUUUGAGGUGAUUUAGGUUUCUUAGAAAAAUGUUCUUUUGGUCUGAUGAAUUUUGUUAGGUUUGUGUCAAGUGGUAUUUCUUAUAUCAACAAUCUCAAACAUAGCUUUUUCAACUUGUCAUUGUUGUAUGAGUUGGUUACUUCUUUUCAGCAUCCCUCGGUUUUUUGAAACUUUUCAAGAAUCUUCAUUUUUCUCAUUUUAAUGUUGAAGAUAGAUUUUCUGAUCUGUAAACUUUAGUAAAUUGUUUUCAUUUUUUUUGAAAAUCAUUUGUAUAUCAAGAAAUAAAAUUUGAGAUGUUGAACUUUUUGGUAAAAUAGACGUUCAUGUCAUCAAACAUUUCAAAAAUUUUUGAAAUCACGAGUUCAAUAUUUCAUUUUGAUUUCGACAAAGUUCACAGAAAGCCUUUUUUGAAACAUUCUGAAUCUAAUCAAUUUUUCUGACAACAACUCCAAUGGGGUUUGUUUCACUGAUGUUGACCUUUUUCUAACAAUCACGUCACUGAACAUUAUCCACAAAUAUCACUCUGUGACCGGAAUUUGAAAAAAAGUGUCAAAAUCUUUCAGAAUGAGAUAUCUAUAUUUUUGAGUGUUUGAAAGUUUCAAGAAUUUCAGCACAACUUUUUUCAUUAUUGCUUUUUUAUCAGAAUGUUGAUCUAUUCAAAUAUAAACGUCAGAUUUUUCUGAAAAACACGUCACAAAAGUUUGGAAGUUUGAAAAUAAUUCUGGUCAUACAAAACUGAAAAUUGCAGAUUUUUUUAGGAAAGAGUUAUAAUUUUUCAAGAAAUUUUGUCAUUUCAAAACAUUUUCGAUAAUUUUUGAAAUUUAUUAAACGUUUUGCAAAUAACCAUAUCUUUUAAGUUAUGAAUUAUUACCUCGUCAUCUUGAAAAAUUGAGGUAUAUUUUUCAGGAAAUAUGUAAUUUUGAAAAAUGUUUCGACAUGUCAUAUUAAUUUUCGUACCAAACAUACAAACACUUUUAACCAAUUUCAUUUCAAAACCAGACAAAUGUUCACCAAAACAAAUCUGAAAUUCGUAAAGACCACCUAUAAAACUUUGUGCUUUGAAAAUCCCUUUCUGAUCAAAAACCAAAUUUUUCCUUUUUUUCCAAAAUGCCUACGUAGUAACCCGAUUAAUUUUUCUUCCUCUUUAGAAAACUCGGACCAACCAAAAAACUUUUUCUGCACAUUCAUAUACGAAACUCUUUUCCUUCGCCGUUUUUUUCUAAAAUAUUCCAAGUGUUCAGAAAAAAAAGAAUUUUUUGCAUAAUUAUGUAAUUAUACAAAUACAUGUCUAAUUAAAAAAGAGAAGACAAAUGUGAUUUUGUUUUUUGUCAGUUGAAAAGUCUUGAAUUUCUUUUUCUUUUUCUUCACAUCUGUUCCCCAGGAAGAUGUAAUUUCAUUUCACGAUUCAGUGCUUUUUGGUUUUUUUUUGGUUGGCUUGGCUCCCGUGGAGCCAUAUUCUUUUGAUUUUGGGAUUUUUAUAAAUAAAUAUAGAAUAAAGAAAAAAAGAGGAUCUCAUCAAUUAUUCUUGCGCAAGCCAUUGAAACAGAAGGAAGCUUGCAAAAAAGUUAUUCACGCAUUCAAAGUCUUGGGCAUGUCAAGCGUGAUUUAUUGGAUGAACGAGCACCAUUUUUUAUUUAUGUUUGUAUGUAUCUCUAUUUGGAAAAAAAUUCCGAAGUUCUUCAAAAAAAAUUCCUACGUCUUUUUUUUCUAAAAUAAAUACGUAGGCUUUUUUGAACUACAAAAUCCACUAUUUUUUGAUGAAACCAUGGUUUUCACAUCAUCUAUCUUCAUCUUCUUUCUAUUUUUCUUCCUUUUCUGAAAAUUGUACGAAAAUGUUUUUUUCAUAACUUCUAUUAUAUUAGAAAUCAGCGUAAUUAGUUUUCGAAUGUGAGAAAAAAAGAUAUACGAAACGAAAAAAAUCGUGGUAGGUUGUAAUUUGGUGAAUAUAUUAUUCUGACACAAUGAUUUUUGACUCCUACAUCGCGGAAAAAAGUAUUUAAAUGUGUCGGAACAAUUCAUUCUGUGUUAUUUUUUCUGCUUUUGAGAUAACUGUACUUUGCAAAAUUUUUCAUUUUUCGUGACAUUUUUAUAAUCGGAACAUGACCGCCUAUUUCCGAUUUCUUGCUAUUUUUGACACAUUGCAGAGAUCUUGUUUUUUGAUCGAACAAACUUCAAUUUUUUUGCUAUAAAACUCAGAAAUAAAUCCCAAGUUUUAGGAAAAAAAAAUUUAAAAAAUUGGUAAUCUAAACUUCAUGUGGUUUGAAAAUUCCAAAAUGUUUCAUAAUUGUUGUAAACAGUUGAUAUUUCAAAUGUAGUGAUUCAUUUUUAUCGUUUAUUAAACUAGGCACUGUAUUUCUUUGUAUGUAGAUUACAAUUUCUAUUUUUUUUUCUUUUCAGAAUUACUAUUUUAUUUUCUGUGAGUUCUUUUUUAAUAUAUUUAUUUAUAUAAUUUUAUAUAUACAUAAUAUAUGUAAUUCCAAAUAUCAAAAAAAUUACCAAUUUCUAAAUUCCAAUUCUCGGAAUAACAUCUCAUAUUGAAUUCGAAAAACAAUAUAUGGAAAGAAAUUCCAAACAAUGAAGUAUGUUUUCAUUGCAUUUUUGUGUAUUUUGUUGUGUUCUGAACCCCAACCACCAGAAAUCAAAAUACCCCAAUUCCUCGAAAAACUUCAUAUUGAAUUUUUCGAGUGUUUUUCCAAGUUCCACCUAUUUUUUCCAGAUUUUCCAAUGAAUCACCAAAAAAAAUUGUUUUUGUCAUUUUCUAGUUUCAAAAAAUCACAUAAUUAUCUCAACGCUCUAGAGAACAUGUGUUUUUGAUGAAAAGAAAAUCAUCUAUCCAGAUUUGUUUUUGGUUUUGAGCUCAAAUUUGCUUGCUCCUUGAUGUCUUUCUACAGUAUCCUUCCUUUCGAGACCAGAAAACAUAUGAUUAUCCUUGCGCUUCACCGAUUCAGGUUUCCUAUUCUAGUUUUUUUUGUACCGAGCAGCAAUAAAAACAAAAAAUUUAUUUUUGAAAUAAAAUAAUAAAAAAUAUCAAGUAUGAAAAAAAUAAAAUUUUUAUCAUGUUUGUUGUGUUAGUGUAGUGUCAUGUCAGAUCGAGUCAGUUAUAUCAAAAAGAGGAGACUAGAAAAAACAGCAGCGAGCGAGAGAAAACAGGAGCUCCUCCCGUGUCGGAGCACACGCCCCUUUAUUUCCGGGGGCACCCUGUGUGUGUGUUGUAUGUUUGUGUUGUGUUUGUAGGUCUCGUCUCCUCGCUCUUCUUCUUCAUCUACCAAUUUAUUCCCGAAAUCUACUGAUUCAUCAAUGGAACGUUUGGGCCGUGUUUGGAAUCGAUUAUCGAUUCGAAGGACUUCUAAUACGGAUACCUCAAAAACUAGAAAAGAAGAGGAAGAUGAUAUGACUCCAGAAAAGACUAAAGAAGUAUUUCAAAUGUUUAAUGGAACACCGCAACGUAGAAAAAGUGAAGUGUCAAAUCGUGUUGUCCUAAAUCAGUUGCACAAUCAGAAGCCAAGAACUAGUAAUAGUUCAGUUGAAGCGCCACGAAAUGCAUUGAGAAGAAAUUCAACAGAUACACAAGUUUUCAAUAACAAUACUAAUUCGAAAAGUUUUCGAGAUCAUGUAAGUUUUGCAUCAUUUUUUCUUUAGUUUUUCUUUUUUUAGUUCAAAAGGGUCAGAUAUGAAAUGUUUGCUUUGUUUUCCCACUUGAUCCUAACAUAUUUACUGACUCUUUUUUGAAAGGUGAAGAUUUGGUAUGACGUGGGAAAAAGGUCCGCGAUUUGAGAGAGACUUUUGAUCUAUGACGAAAAUCAUUGAACAAAAAUUGCAAAUUUUACAGUAACAAAGGAGUUUUACUACUUUUUGAGAAACUCGAUAUUUUAGAGAAGUGUCAUAAAAAUCACUACACGGAAAAAUUUUUAUUUUUGAAUAAGUGAAAACAAUCUAAAUCAAAAUUUAAAUUAAAAAAAAAUGUUCAUUCAGGAAAAUCUGAACAUUCGGACACCAGAAAUUGUUUACUUCGUUCUGGCUCAUAAAUUUUGUUUUUCCCGUAUUCUCUGAAAAUUAGGGCUAUAAAUCUUUGAACUUUGAAAAAAUUUGUUAAUUAUAUUUUUUCUGGAAAAAGUUCUCUUACUUUUAAAUCUGGAGUUAAUUUUAGGAAAACAAUUUUCGCGUCCCUGAAGUUGAGAAUUGAUUCCCAGGAAAAAAUGAACGAAACUUUUCUGUUCAAAAACCCUGAAGACAAAUUGUUUCCAAGUAUUCGAAAAAUCUCUCAAGCUCUAAAUAUACAUAUUCCAAAACUUAGACCACGCCCACUUUCCCCCAAAACAUCAUUCCUUUCUCAUACUUGAUCUUUUGGAAACGUUUUUUGUUAAAAAGUUUAUAAAUUUUUCCCAUAAUUUUAUUUUUUUUUCUAGAAAAAAAACUAUUUUUAGCAAUUUUUAUUUCAUUCCAGAACAAUUUUGUUGUUGUAUGUAUGAAAACUUGAGAAAGUUCAUUCAAUUUAUGCAAAAGAUUCUUCUUGUUCUUCUAGAAAACAAGAAACAACAAAACACUUCAACGAUGCUCGCACUUUUUUUGAUUUCGAUUUUUAUUCGAAGUUUUGACGAAACUCCCAUUGGGAAUUUUUUUGUGAAGAUUCUUUCCGAACUUUUUUCACUUACUUACUUACAUUAGGCUAAAAACCCUGCUGAAAGUGCUUUUUUUACAGAAAAAAGGGAAAAUUGAACCAAUGUUGAAAAAAGUGUUUUAUUUCGCCACCCAAUCAUUUUUUUCUCCAUUUCAUUUCAAUUUGUUUUGUGCAAUGUUUUGUUUUGUUUCUUCCCAUUCUAAUAGAAAAUAAAAUAGCAAAAAAAACGAAGUACUUUUUUCACCACCACAAACCAGUCAUAUGAUAGCAUUUUUCCCACUCUUUAACCUAUCCUCGCCUCGUUUUUCUUCGUUUUUUUUCUUUUAUCCGACGGUGCUCUGUUCUGUUUUGAACUGUCAACAAAUCGGCAAAGAAAAGAACGUGGGAAUGAGUGAAUGAAUGAAUGAAUGAGAUAGAUUAAAUAAAGUGGCAAAGUGUCAUUUUCCUCUAUUUUAAUCUUGGAACCAAUUUUUCAUUUUUAAUUCAAAAUCAUAUUUCUUAAUUAAUUUUUAUUUUCAAAUUCAGAAUGCUCCUUGUUCAAGCGACGAAGAACGUGUAAAUCCCCGAAGAAAUAGCGUUUUCGUGAAAAGAGGCUCAAUGACAAUGGAACCAAUUAAAAAAGUUGAUCUUGAAGAUGUCUACACUGUUAACAAACAGGUUGGUUUCUCUCUAUUUUAAAUUUUCAUUCUCCAUUUCUCGCCACGUGGCUUACGAAAAAAAAACAAAAAAAUCUGGACCCUUGAGGAUUGACGCGUGUUUAUCGCAAAUGUAGGAGGCACUGACAAAAAUAACAUGUAUACGUAAACUUCCCGUGGGAUUUUUCAUAUGAUAUUCGUACUUGAAGUGUACUGGAAGGGUUAAACAAAGAUGCGAGGUUUUGGGAUUUUUAUAGAAAUUUUUAUAGAGGGAUAGAGAAAAAGUAUUACCAUUGGGAAACAUUUACAGGAAUAAUUAUAAAUGUAUAGUUCAAAUUACCAUAUAUUUCGAAAUCUAUUAAUAAUCAACAUAAACAAAUAGGUUUUCAAAACUAUGUCAGAAAAAAGUAGUUUAAUAAAAACCUAAAUACUUUUUGCAGCUUGGCACUGGACGAUUUGGCUAUAUAAAGCUCGCUGAGCACAAGCAAUCGUCUCUUAAAAUUGCAAUUAAAUUUUUCCCCAGACCGCAGACUAAACAGGUACCCUUUUAUUUUCUCAAUGAUCCUCAAAAUGAGUUUAAUUCCAGGCUGAUUUUGUGCGUGAAUAUAAUUAUUCAUUUUUCUUAUCCCCACAUCAACACAUAAUUGAUACAUACGAGGGAAUGUUUCAAGCUUCAAAUGACACGGCUUUCUUCUUUGUCCAAGAGUUUUGUCCGUGUGCAUCACUUCGUGAAGCAGUUGAGAACACAAAUCAGACAGGUGAUUCUUGAUCUCACAUUGAGUUAGAUAUUGAGAGUUUGAGAUGGUUAUUUAUGUGCACAAUCAAAUUGACACGUGUUUUUUCUCUCGAUCCAAUAUCAAUUUUUUCUUGAUUUUUUUGUGUUUCAAUUUAAUGGGGAAAGAGGGGGUGAAAGAGAUUGCAAAUUUUAUAGCUAUUUUUUGAAAGAAAUUGAUGUUGAAGAUGGGAGAAUCGAGAAUUUUGCAAAAUUGGGUUCGUAAUUUUGAAACUGAACACUAUUUUUAAAAAAAUCAGGACUUUAAAAAUUGGGAACAGUCGCAUGUUGUACAACUAUUUUUUCUAAUUUUUUUCAAAAUUAUAAGGAUUGUUUUCUUCUUUUUGAACAUCCAAAACACUUUUCUGACUUCCACAUCUGCAACAAAAAGUCUAAAGCAUAUAAAUCUUUCAAAAGUCAUACUUUCCCACGACUCCGAAAAAUCAUCAUUAAUUGUUUCCAGGAAUCGGCGAAGAAAAGACGAAAAAAGUUUUCGCUGCUGUUUUAUCGGCUAUUGAAUUCAUGCACGAUGAGAACCUGGUGCAUCGUAAUUUGAAAGCCGAAAAUAUACUAAUCUUUGACGCGCAAGACUAUUCAAAAGUCAAAGUGACAGACUUUGGUCUAACGCGAAAAGUCGACGCAACUGUCAAGUAUUUGGAGUAUGUCAACAAUUAUCAUGCCGCUGAACUGUGUGAUACAGUGGUCAAUGAAGUGCUCACUGUUAAUAAAAGUACCGAUAUAUGGGCACUCGGUGAGUUUGCGAUUGCGUCUUUUUUUGCGCAAUAAAGACCACGUGACAGUUGAAAGAUAAAUAGAUAAAAAACUUUGCAAAAAAGAUACACGAAAAAAAAAACAUGUGUUCUUUCAACUCAUCUAUUUUUAACCCGCAACCGAUUUACGUCAUCGAUCGCAAGAGGAGGUAAAAGAGGGCCACGUUAAAUAGUUACAGCUGCACCUAAUAAUAUCUUUUCUUUUUUUGUGAGAAAGGGACAAAAGAUGAAUGUGUUUUGUGUGCUUUGCAGUGAGAAGGGGCCAAUAAAAAUUGUUGAGAAAAAUGAAAAAAAUUGAAAAGGUGAAAAUUUUGAAAGGUUUUUUUAAAAGUUACCUCAAAAAAGCGAAGUUCACAAGCAAAUCAUAGUCACCUUCAAAAUUGGGUGUAGCUUGUGUUCAGUCAGUUUUGAAACAAAACACAUAUUCAAAGUUAUCAAAAAUGUAUGAUUUCUGAACCACUGACAAUGAGAAAAUCAAAUUUUUAUUCCAGGUAUAAUCUUCUUUUAUUGCAUGAAAGGACGGUUCCCUUGGCAAAAAGCUUCAAUAAUGUGUAAACCAUAUUGGGAAUGGGAACAAUGGUUGAAGCGAAAGAAUCCAACACUACCCAAAAAAUUCCUACCAUUUUCUGAAAAAGCGUUGAAACUUUUCAAAAAGUGAGUCAGCUGGUCGAAAAAAAAUUAGAGAAAAACAAAAAUAUUUUUUUCUAGAUCUUUGACACCGCGAGUCAAAGACAGAUGGUCGGCGAAGGAUAUGAGAAAAUGUAUGGCAAAGGAGAAAUUGUUGAAAUCAGUCAAGGUAGCAUAUUAUUAAUGUUGUGUUCGGUUUUUAUGUUGUUUUGUAAUUUUAUCAAAUCACACCAAAUCACCCUUUCCCCAAUCACAAAAAUAAAACACAAAAACAUGACAAUUUUUGUAUUGUAUAAACAUUCACUGAUUAAGUUCAACUAUUCACCACGCAUAAAUCACUUUUAAUUUUGUUAAAAUAUAAUUUGGUUCAAUGAAAGUAAUAUUGUGCAUGAAUUUGGUUUUGAAUGUUAGUUUUGUGAAAUCGCAUGUAUUGUGGAAACAUUGAACAACAUCAACUUCGAAAAUAUUUUCAAAAGAAUUUUAGAGUUCUUUACACACUGGUAUUCUGAAAUUAUAUCAUUUGAUGUUGGAGUAAUUUAUUCAUUGAAAAUACAGUUUUUGAGUACAAUACUGGCAAUACAAUUUUAGAUUACUCUAACUUUUAUAACCCGACUGAACAGCUCAAAGUCCGUAUUUUUCUCAAGUAUGUGCCAAAUCAUCUUUUCUGUCCCUAAAAACUCAUCGAUCAGAUCAAUUUCAGAAAAUAAAAAUGACAACUUUUGACAAUCACAAGUUAUUUUUUUCAGUGAAGGAAAAUAAAAAUAACCGAUGAAUAAAAGUUCAAUCUUUAGGGACUCUUUGUGUUGAACCUUUUGAACCUAAAAUCAUAAAUAAUGUUAUUCAACUCGCAUUCUCUAAUCUCGAAAUUUGUUUGUUUUACUUGCAGUUUUCUAACAAUUUUCAUGUUCAAUGUUUUUCUAGAAACCCGAUGAUGUAUAUUAUGUUAUGAUGGAACCAUCACGACCAAAACCCGCCGUAAAUCCAGAAGGCGAAAAUCCAAAGAAGAAAUCCACCCUUCACCAAUGGAUCAGCACAACUUUGACAGCAAUGGCAGAAAUCAGUGAACAAGUUGUGUCAGCAAGGGAUGACUAG